AUGGCCGCCAGGACUUCUCAACAAUCGUACGCUGCCUUCUUCGAAGACUUUGAUGAGGAUGCCAACGUUACCAUACCAGAGACUCGCACCGUUGCCAACGUUGCCGCCAAAAGAUCGAAGGCUGAUCCUCAACAGUCAGGCACUAGUACGGACGGUGCGAGCGACUCUGGAUACUCCAGUCGAACAGCAGCCACUGUUGGCAGUGCUGAUUCACUACCCACUGGAAAGAGAAGCCCUCCUUUCGUCCAGUUGGACACUGUCAUCGCCAAUCGGGAUAUCGAACGCGUGAGAGGCCGUCCCGACGAUAGAGAAAGGGAGAAAUCAAAAUCUAAGGGGAAGGACAGGCAGUCAAGAGAAACAAACUCCUCUACUUCUAACGGAACUACUAGUACAAUUCACGUUCCAAAUAUGCGGAGAAGUUCCAGCAGACCUGCUCCCAAGCGGUCCUCGUCUAAGGCAAGAAAGUGGGAAUCUACCCAUGGACGCCAUGCUCCCGACACCUGCCCAGAUUGUGACCAGUAUGGAUACCACAACGUCCCUAUGGGAGCCCAUCCACUUCCCGACCCUCACCCUGUGGAUUACGGUUCCUACAUGCAUCCCCAAUCUCACGGUUAUGACAUUCCCCCAUCGCCGCAUCCUCAACCAUACCAUUACCCACCCAUUGCUACUCAGGAAAUCGUAUCAUCCCGUCGCGAUCGUUCGAAUUCUUAUCACCAGAGUCGGCCCAUGAGCUACCACGCAGGAGCCAUGCCAGACAUGAAUAUGUACAUGCAUAUGACUCCUUCAACACCUGCUUACGAACAACAACAUGGGCCCCCGAUCUCUGCCUCUGCAUACGCCCACUACAUGGCUCCUUAUAAUAUGCCCAAUGGCCCUGUUGCCCCUCCCCACCCUCCUCAUAUGUCAUAUGAAUCCGCCCCGCCACCUCCUUUCGAACGGCCUCGAGCAGCGUCCACCUCGCGAUCGCCCGAAAAACCGACUGGGAGAAGAGGUUCAAUGUAUGGGACCCCAGUGGUGGAAUACCCGUCCUCACCGGCUCCGCAUCGUAGCGAUGGAUUGCAGCGACAGCCUUCCUCACGAGAAGUUCGCGUUCGCCGUGAGUCAGUGUCUCAGCCUUCAACAUACGACCCUGAUGAAGAUUUCUACCGCAUGCCUCCCCCCCCACUCCCCAAAAGCAAACCCCCGUCUCAGGUCAUCAUCCCCCCUCGUCGACCAUCUGCCCGCAAAGCGUCCACUUCAACAUCUACUCCGACCAUGUCACGACGCCCAGAGGGCAUCGAUAUGGAUGACCUUCGUGCAGCCCUUCCUCCAACCCGAGUAGGCCGGAAAAAGUCCAGAGAAGCCGUCCUGUCCGAGCGACGACCCAGCGCGCCUGGGAAAGCAGGCAUCAGAACCACCUCCUACCACGAUCCUGGGCGAGCGGCCCGCAUCUCGAUUGAGAACAGCCGACGCCGCCGCUCAUCAGUCUAUGGCGUCGAACAGACCAAGGACCUCGACCAAAAACAGCGCGAGGCAGAGGAGUACCAGUCCACCCGCACAUCACGCGCCACCCCGCUCACACUGGACAGCCUUGUGAAGUGUCGCCGCAGCCACCGCGCCGACAGCGAUAGCGGCAGCCUGCGCACGCGUACGGACAGCAGCCGCGGCAGCGACGCCAAGACCAAGAGCGCCAUCAGCCGCCCCGAAGACGACGAGAUCACGGUGAUGAUCGGCGGAUUGCGCAUCGGCGUGUCCAAGGACCAUAUCGAUCGCCAGGUCAUCAAUCUGAGGUCGGGUGAGGAAGGGUCUCUGGAGCUUAAUAUCGAAGGAAGGAGGCCGAAGCGGUACUUCCUCUCGCGCUCGGAGUCGCUCAGUGGUACCGGUGGCGGUGCUGUGCGGAGGGAGAUCGAGGAGAGUCGCCGCCUGCGCCACGAUUCAUCCUCUGAUCGCGCGAGCAGGCGCUCCAGUCGCUCUGGGUAUAGUGGAAGAGGACUUCUGGAGUCGUGA